GAGGAGCAUCCAAACAGCCAAACAUGGCUCAGUUCACUUACUGCAGACUUUCCCAUUUACUGAGAAUAUCCGUGAAUAAACCUUCAGCUUUACGAACAGGGGCAGAAGUAAAACACGGGCCUGCGUGUUGUUUACAGUUCACACGAUGCCAGAGGUCAGUGGACAGUAAGGCGUUACAGGAGAGGCAGAAGCAGCAGAUGGCCAGAGGUCUUCCCAAACAGAAGCCCAUCACAGGGGUCAAACAGGUCAUCGUUGUGGCUUCGGGAAAAGGCGGCGUGGGCAAGUCCACCACUGCAGUGAAUUUGGCUCUUGGAUUAAUGUCCAACGAUCCGUCUAAGUCAGUUGGUCUGUUGGACGCUGACGUCUACGGCCCGUCGAUUCCCAAACUGAUGAACCUGAAGGGAAACCCGGAGCUCACUGACAACAAUCUGAUGAUCCCACUCACCAACUAUGGGAUUCCUUGCAUGUCGAUGGGCUUCCUGGUGGAGGACGUGGCUCCCAUCGUGUGGCGGGGGCUGAUGGUGAUGUCAGCGAUAGAGAGACUGCUCAGGCAGGUGGACUGGGGCUCGCUGGACUAUCUAGUGGUCGAUAUGCCUCCUGGGACAGGAGACGUCCAGCUGUCAAUCACCCAGAACAUCCCAAUAGCAGGUGCCGUCAUCGUGUCGACGCCGCAGGACAUCGCUCUGCUGGACGCUCGCAGAGGAGCCGAGAUGUUCAAGAAAGUUAAUGUGCCGGUUCUCGGUCUGGUGCAGAACAUGAGCGUCUUCCAGUGUCCAAACUGUAACCACCAGACUCACAUCUUUGGCUCUGACGGGGCCCGACAGCUCGCUGACACACUGGGAGUCGAGUUAUUAGGUGACGUUCCCCUUCACCUAAACAUCAGGGAGACGUCAGACAGAGGACAGCCAGUGGUCGUCUCCUCUCCAGACAGCCCCGAGGCGGAGGCGUACAGGAAGGUGGCAUCUGCUGUGGUCCAGAGACUAAAGGAGGUCACUUGAUUGAGAGACACUAACAUGUAAACACACACGUGUAAACACACAUAUGUAAAUGCACAUAUACAGGACAGAAAGAAACACAAACUUCUUUGUUGUCUUUACGCACAAUACGUUAACAGUUCACAAUUUUCACUGUUUAUUACAGAAUUACUGAAGAAAUGUGAUUCACUGAGUGAAGUGAUGAUAUUUAAUGAGACAGUGAAAUAAAUUCUGUUUACGAUUUUCUGAAUUACGUUUUUGAAAUUUUGAAAUCAACUCAUUUAAAGUCAUUUUCAGCGUGUUUGCAUCUCUAAGUUCCAGUAACUGUUUCAUAUAUUUAAACUUCAUCAUUCAAAGUUCCAGUGGAGGCAAAAUUAAUGACAAUAAAAUUAAAAAAAGAAACUGUGAAGAUGAUGGAGAACAAUGUUUGCACUUUAUUGUUUUGUAGAUUAAAUUUUAAAUGGAUAAAACUCAAUAAUCCACAGUGACAAACUGAAAAUGUGUUUUUAGAAAAAAAAAAUCUGGAAGCUGGAACUUCUGCUCCUGAGGUAAAAGUCUGAACACUUCAGUAAACAAGAGGUUUCAGUUAAUGUUUCAGUCCAACAGACUCCAGAUGUUUUAGAUGUUAAUCAGUGGAUGAACAGUUUGUCUGGAUUUAAAUAUUUAUUUCAAACAGUAUCUGUGUGUUUGCUCAGUCUUUGUAAUAGGAACAGUAUAAAUAUCUCUUCAAGCCACAAAAUAAAUUUUCAGUUUUGG